AUGACAGCGAAGAUGAGCGAUGCCAGUGUAAGCAUGGGUGACUCCACAUGCCAGAUGUCUGAGCCCGAUUCCAGUCAGCUUCCGGACAUUUCUUGCACCGGCAGCCCCGAGUCCGAAGCGACUUUUGCCAGUACCCCUUCCGGCCGCGGAUCUAAGAAACGUACCCAAACGGCGACAGAGACUUGGGCUCAUGCAAAGAAGUUGAAGCUGGAUGAACAAGUUAGGCGUAACCGAGCUGGCAACAAGAUAUGGGUUUGCGGCAAAUGCCCAUGGGAGUCCGCGUCCCUGACCUCUGCCCGAAAUCAUCUCAAUCCACGGCAUGGUGUUAGGAUUAAAGCGCAGCAGCGGCAGGUUGUAAGGAAAGGACAGGCCAAGCUUGAGCAGAUCUUUCAACGCCAAGGACAAAGGAGCCAAGCAGCAGCUAAUGAACGGGACAGAGGCAUGCUGAGCAAGGCCAUUAACCAGACAGCAUUCGACGAGUCACUACUUCAGCUUAUUAUCAAUAACAACCUGCCGCACAAGGCAGUGGAGUACCCGGAACUGUACUCUUUGAUCAUGAGCGUCAACUACAUGGCAGCAGAUGUCUACCUCAAAUCUCGAGCCGCAAUACCGAGAAAAAUUGAACAUGCUUUCCUCCAAGGAAAAGACGAGAUCAAACAGCAUCUUCAAAGGGCACUUUCCGAGAUACAUCUCUCAUGCGAUGUCUGGACGACCGAGCAUAAGAAGAAGGCCUUUUUGGCCCUUGUUGCGCACUUUGUUGAUGCCGGAGGCAAGAGCCGCAAGGCACUGUUAGGCCUGCCGCGCCUGCGAGGCAGCCACGGCGGCCAGCACCAAACCGAGCAUGUCAAUAGGAUAAUUGAUUGGUAUGGAAUUGCACAUAAGCUCGGCUAUUACAUUGGUGAUAACCACGGAUCGAAUGACAAUUGUUGUCCGGAAUUGAGUCUCAUCAGGUGCAGUUCGGCAGUUGCAUGA